AUGUAUGUGAAAUGGUUUGAUACAGUAAUGUUAUACUAUGUGAUUUUAGUGUAUUUAGUGAAUGUCACUUUUUGUCAUUUUCAAAUUUCCCACCGUUCCGUCCCCCGUACGUCCCGACGCUCGCAGGGGACGGAACCCAGACGACAGAUGCCGGCAUCCGCCGCAUUACAUUGUCGGGGACACUGCAGGAGGGACAUCGCGGGAGCGCAGGACAAGGUAAGGGAUCGAGGGAUCGCACAGCAGCGCCGCAUGGUAUUCCCGAGUGUAGCUUGGGGUUACCGCUUAUGCUACACUCGGGAAUACCGCCAGGGAGGU